UUUUAGUGCUAAUCAGCCUACCAAUGAGUGGUUGUGAGCCUGGACAUGUGAAUUCAUUUCGUUACUACCCUUUCUUCGUUAUAAGCCUGUGAGAUUGAUUUCCUUCAAUUGAAAAUAAUGAAGAUUACUCAAAUCUGUUGAAUAGAGAUAAUAUGUCCCAUACAUCACUUCAAGCUACUUUCCAUUGAGCCUAGAAGUCAUUUUAUAUUUUGAAAGAAGAAGUAAACUGUACGCUUGACUCUCCACAUCAAUGUUUAACAACCCAAUAGAGGUACUGUCCUUUAAGGCUGAACUUUGCUUUCAAAUCAUUGAAGAGCUUCACUUAUAUCAUCAAAGACUAUAAUAGAACUUUAUGACCCUCUUGCUACGUUUAUUUACAUUCCGUUACUAUACUUAUACAAAUACGCAAUUCCUGAAUAUUUCCCUGCUGCUCUAGAGGAUCAGCUCUGCGAUAAAUAUUAAGUAAGGCACAUUGGAUGACUGGAUUUAUGGAUAUCUUCAGGAUCUACAGCAGAUUCGUCCUAAGCGAAUUAGAUUAUGGUUGGUGGCAAAUGGAACUGUUCUAUUGGAACAAACUAUUCAAAGCAUGUAGCAAGGUAUUUACCUCAAUGGGCUUUGAAUACUGGACAAAUAACUCAGUAUGUAUUAGGACAAGGACCAGACAAUUCUUUUUACCCUUGAAUUCAACCAACAGUACUUCAAAUUGCUCAGAGAUUGAUCCUAUUCUUUGGAGUCUUUCAGAAGAGAAGCUAGGUACAGGGACGAAUAUUCUUUCUUUAAUAUUGCCUAUUCUUCUGUGCAUCUUUAUAGUGCUUGCAAUGAAGCUCAUUAUCAAUGAAUUUGCAAAGUACAAGCACUAUAGAGGCAUCCUUAGAGAUAACUCAAUCAAGAGUAUUGCCAUGACCUCAUCUAGCUCAAGUGAAGAUAAACAGCUUGAAGAAAGACUUCAAGGUGCUUAUUUUAAUGGCAAUAGUGCUUACGCUUAUUUUUCAUCAAAUACAUCUUCAUAAGACCC